ACACACAGUGGAGCUCAAACCUAGGACGGCUCCAACUCCUCUGAGACUUUCGAUCAAGCGCUAGGGUUUGAAGUUCUAGCACAUUGACCUGAUUUUCCCGAGGAACAAACAGGAAACCAGAGAACACAAAACCAAACCCUAAGGACCAAAUAACAUCUGGACCUAGAAUUUUUGCCAAAAGGGUGUUGGGAAAAACCCUAGAUAUGGACAGAUCUCGAUCGAAAAGGGGCUAUUUCUAUGAGCAGGACUAUGAUUCAGAAACUCUAGGAAGGACCAAACCCAGGUACAACAACAACAACAACCACGGCGGCCACCACUACAACACCAACAGCCACCACCGGCGUGGAGGCGCCGGCGCCGGACGGGCGUCGAAGCUGCAGGACUCGUCCGUAAUGGUGACGACGAGCUACCGGAUUUUGUGCCAUGACGUCAAGGCCGGCGGCGUAAUUGGAAAGUCCGGCAGCAUUAUCAAAUCGAUUAGGCAGCAUACCGGAGCUUGGAUCAACGUCCAUGAAUUGAUUCCCGGCGACGAGGAGAGAAUUAUUGAGAUUUCUGAUACUCGCCGGCGAGACCCGGAGGGGCGAAUGCCCCAAUUCUCGCCGGCGCAGGAGGCGUUGUUCAUGAUUCAUGAUAGGAUUUUGGAGAGUGAUGCUGGGUUUGGAAAUGGGUUUGGUGGGAAUGGUGACGAUGAUGAUGAUUUCGGGCCGCGCGGCGGCGGAAACCGGGUGGCGACGAGGAUGGUGGUCUCUAGGAUGCAUGUGGGGUGUUUGUUGGGAAAGGGAGGGAAGAUAAUUGAACAAAUGAGGAUUGAGACCAAGACCCAGAUUAGGAUUCUGCCUAGAGAUCACAAUCUUCCCCGUUGUGUUUCCAUGUCCGAAGAAAUCGUGCAGGUGGUGGGUGAUGUGAAUGCUGUGAAGAAUGCAAUUGCAAAUAUUUCUUCACGCCUGAGGGAGAGCCAGCAUCGGGACCGCAGUCAUUUCCAUGGACGAAUACAGUCAUCUCCAGAGCGGUUCUUCCCCCCUGAUGACGAUUAUAGUCACAUGAAUAAUGCACCUCGCCGUAUGCCCAUUGAUGGGAACUCUUUUGGUUCACGUGUAUCUACUGGUUUGGCGGGCACCAGAAGCAAUAGCUUUGCCUCCCGCACAUCUGGUUACACACUUGAAUCUGGAGCUGCUCCUAUUGCUGAUAAUGCACAGCAAUUUUUAGGUGAGGACAUUGUGUUUCGAAUACUUUGCCCAGUUGACAAGGUUGAAUGUGUUGUUGGGGAGUCAGAUGGGAUUAUAGAAUUGCUUCAGAAUGAAAUCGGUGUAGAUGUUAAGGUUGCUGACCAUGUAGCUGGAUCAAAUGAACAGAUAAUUGUCAUUACUUCCGAGGAGGGCCCUGAUGAUGAGUUAUUUCCUGCUCAAGAAGCUUUAUUGCAUAUCCAAACUCGUAUUGUUAAUCUUCUCCCCGAUAAGGAGAAUGUUAUUACUACUAGGUUACUUGUUCCAUCUAGUGAAAUUGGAUGCUUCGAGGGACGAGAUUGCUCAUUAUCUGAAAUGAGGAGAUUAACCGGUGCCAACAUACAGAUCGUGCCAAGGGAACAGCUUCCUGCAUUUAUAUCAGGGACCGAUGAGCUUUUAGAGAUUGUAGGGGAGAUAAAAGCAGCUCGAGAUGCUCUUGUUGAGGUGACAUCAAGACUGCGAAGUUACUUAUACCGGGAGUUCUCUCCAAAGGAUAUGCCACCACCUUCUAUCUCUGCACCUGGCUCUCUUGAGGCAUCUUCUCCCAAUAACAUAACCCCAGCUCGUGAAGGUCACACUGCAAGUGAUCCUCCUACCACAAACUAUCAGAAUGUUCAAGCCAUAGCAUCAGUGCAGCCAUCAAAGGACUCUGGAGGGACUGGUGGUGAAACAGUGAAGCAGAAUGAAACUGUGCCAAGCGUUUUGAACAGAAUCCCUGUAACGCUUGUCACCAGGAGUACACUUGAAGUUGUCAUACCAGAACACGCAGUUCCCAAGCUCAUAACCAGAUCGAAAAACAAGCUUGCCCAGAUCAGUGAGUGGUCUGGGGCCAAUGUUACCCUGUUGGAAGAUAGACUGGAGGCGACAGGAAAGAUCAUUCAAAUAUCAGGCACCCCUGAGCAGACUGAGAAGGCCCAGAGCUUGCUUCAAGGCUUUAUUUUGAGCAUUUCAGAAGACAUGCCAUAAGGUUGUGGGAGAAGGAUGCAUGUUAGGACAAAGCUGGCUGGCUGACCAGGGACGGUUCCUUCGCAGUCGUCUGUCAUCUGAUUCCCAGAUGAAGCUCAGAAGAGCACAGGGCAUUUUGCUUGGUAAUCCAGGAAUAUGUAGUUAAUGGUGUAGUCUAUGUAUUUAGAUCUUUUGUAUGACCUGCCUGCAGGUGUAGGAGUGAACAUCUUGAAAGAGAAAAAGCUGGUUCUUCUGUAAAUUGAUGACUCUGAAAGCUUUCUCCCUGAAAAAAUUCUCAUCUUCAUGUCUUCUGCAAAUGUGUUAAUGGGAAAGCUGCUGCUGUUGAGGAUGUUCUUGUUUUCUUUUCCCCAUCCUAUGCCAAUGACUUUGUUUUGAUC